AUUGAAAAAAAGCAGUUCUCAAAAAAAAUAUUCACGUGAUUAGAAUUAGCGAAAUCUAAUCAGCUUGAUCAGCCACUAUCGGCCAAUCGUGCCUUUUUAGCUGCCUUCAUUUAUUCUCUCAAGCGUAAGAAAACCGGGCUCCUUUAUCUCAGGCAACAAUGAACACCAAGCUUGAGUGAAUUUUUUUGGCUUGGACAAAACCCAACUGUAAGAAACCAAAAAAAACACCUGCAAUCCGCGCCAUAUAUUUCUCUUUCAAUUCGCAUUUUAUUUGUUUAUUCGAAUUACAGCUCCUCAAUCACAAAAAAGCCCUUUCAAAUCAAUCGAUAAACAACACUUUAAAAUGAACGCAGCUCUCGGCCGGACUCUCCUGAAGCGCACCAGCGCACUCCGCAACUACUCGAGCCUUCGUGAGAUCAUUCCUCCCAACAUUGGUUUUGCCGCACGCGCUGGCGAGUCUGUCUCCUCGGAAGCCUCUUCCGCCGUCACUCUGUCGGCCCAGGACGUUAGCAAGGUUGUGUCGCUCUACCGUAACCUGCCCAAGGGUAAUGCCCAGGCUAAGGUCGCUCGCGGUGGCCCCCUGAGCCGCUACUACGCGCGCUACAUUGGUGGUGACAACGCUUCGGGUGCCCCCAUUAUCCAUGUUAUCGGUGCUCUGAUCGUUGGCGGUUACUCCAUCCACUACUACAUGCACCUCCAGCACCACAAGCACGCUGAGAACCACUAAGUGUGUUUAUGCUGUCCUUUUUUUGUUCAGUAGACCUUUUUUUAUCUUUUACCAAUACGCAAUAAAUCCGCCAUAUACGCGAGUCACGGCAGCGCAACGUUUUUUUAUCGGCUGUGUGGCCAUGCAGCUAUCAUUUGUUUGCAAGAGUGUCUAAAGCAGCCCAAAAGGGUUUAAAUGAAAGCAAAAUAUCUGUACACGUGUAUCCCUCGAUCCACGCCAUAGUACAACAUGUGCAGAAAUUAGG